UAUUGUUUCUGAAAACAAGUGUUCAUAGUCGGUUGGAGGUUAUUUAUAAUCCUACAUCAAAAAUAAAUGAAGAGAACAUAGCUAUUUCUAGAGGAAUUUUGGCAGCUUUUCUUAUACAGAAGAACAUGUUUUUGAGAAGCUUUCUUGGGCAACUGGCAAAGGAAGAAACUGCUACAGCUAUUUACUCUGGAGAUAAAAUUAAAACAUUCCUUAUUGAGGGGAUGGAUAAGAAUGCUUUUGAGAAAAAAUAUAAUACUGUUGGAGUGAAUAUUUUUCUAACUUACCAGUUGUUCUGUCAAGAUGUACUUAAAUUGCAUCCUGGAGAAAUGGGUAUUGUCAGCAAUGGGAGAUUCUUAGGACCUUUAGAUGAAGAUUUUUAUGUAGAAGAUUUUUACUUGUUGGAAAAGAUAACAUUUAGUAAUUUAGGAGAGAAAAUUAAAGGCAUUGUUGAAAAUAUGGGAAUCAACGCAAAUAACAUGAGUGACUUUAUUAUGAAAGUUGAUGCCCUUAUGUCCUCUGUGCCUAAGCGUACAUCUCGAUAUGAUGUCACAUUUCUUAGGGAGAAUCACAGUGUUAUAAAGAUGAAUCCUCAAGAGAAUGGUAUGUUCUUCAAUGUCAUUGCUAUUGUUGAUCCAUUAACAAGAGAAGCACAGAAAAUGGCACAGUUAUUGGUUGUACUUGGCAAGAUUAUCAACAUGAAGAUAAAGUUGUUCAGGAACUGUAGGGGCAGGCUUUCAGAAGCCCCUUUAGACAGCUUUUACCGUUUUGUUCUGGAACCAGAACUGAUGUCAGGGGCUAAUGACGUUUCUUCUCUUGGACCAGUGGCAAAAUUUUUGGAUAUUCCUGAAUCACCCCUCCUAAUCCUCAACAUGAUUACUCCAGAAGGCUGGUUGGUUGAAACAGUACACAGCAACUGUGACCUUGAUAAUAUUCACUUAAAGGAUAGUGAGAAAACUGUGACAGCAGAAUAUGAACUAGAAUACUUACUACUGGAAGGACAAUGCUUUGAUAAAGUGACCGAACAGCCUCCUCGGGGUCUGCAGUUCACACUAGGCACAAAAAAUAAACCUGUUGUGGUUGAUACAAUAAUGAUGGCCAAUCAUGGGUAUUUUCAAUUAAAAGCAAACCCAGGUGCUUGGAUACUGAGGUUACACCAAGGAAAAUCUGAAGAUAUUUAUCAAAUAGUUGGGCAUGAAGGAACUGACUCUCAAGCAGACCUAGAAGAUAUCACUGUUGUAUUAAACAGCUUCAAAAGCAAGAUACUGGAAGUAAAAGUGAAAAAAGAAACAGACAAAAUUAAGGAAGAUAUCCUUACCGACGAAGAUGAAAAAACAAAAGGACUGUGGGAUUCCAUUAAAAGUUUCACAGUAAGCUUGCAUAAAGAAGACAAAAAGGAAAAAGAUGUCCUAAACAUUUUUUCAGUUGCUUCUCAUCAUUUAUAUGAACGUUUUUUAAGAAUUAUGAUGCUUUCUGUUUUGCGUAACACCAAAACACCAGUGAAAUUCUGGUUGCUAAAAAAUUAUCUCUCACCGACAUUUAAAGAAGUAAUUCCUCACAUGGCUAAAGAGUAUGGAUUCCGAUAUGAACUAGUUCAAUAUAGGUGGCCCCGUUGGCUUCGUCAACAGACUGAAAGACAAAGGAUUAUUUGGGGUUACAAAAUUCUUUUCCUUGAUGUUCUUUUCCCACUAGCAGUGGACAAAAUCAUUUUUGUUGAUGCUGUCCAGAUUGUGAGACAUGAUCUAAAAGAACUUCGAGACUUCGAUCUGGAUGGAACUCCUUAUGGGUAUACUCCAUUUUGUGAUAGCCGCAGGGAAAUGGAUGGAUAUCGUUUCUGGAAAACAGGAUACUGGGCAUCACAUCUUUUAAGACGGAAAUACCAUAUCAGUGCUUUAUAUGUAGUGGAUCUCAAGAAGUUCAGGAGAAUUGGAGCAGGUGACAGGCUCAGGAGCCAAUACCAAGCUCUCAGUCAAGAUCCAAACAGUCUUUCAAACCUAGAUCAGAAACAUAAGACACCGGACAUGGAUGAAGCUGGAAACCAUCAUUCUCAGCAAACCAACACAAGAACAGAAAACCAAGCACCACAUGUUCUAACUCAGAAGUGGGAGCUGAACAAUGAGAACACAUGGACUCAGGGAGGGGAACAUCACAGAAACCUCCAUCUUUGCUAUUAAGGCCUUCAACUGAUUAGAUGAAGCCCACCCACUGUGUGGAGGGUAAUUUGCUUUAGUUAAAGUCAACUGAUUAUAAAUGCUAAAUUGUAUCCACAGAUACUUUCCCAGCAACGUCUAGACUGCCGUUUCACCAAACAACAGGGCUCCAACAGCCUAGCCAAGCUGAAACAUAAAAUUAACCAUCACAGUACCUUUGUCAAAAAUCAAUCUGACAACACAUGUAAGGUUUAUUUCUGGAGUCGCUAUUCAAUUCCAUUGAUCUAUAUGUCUGUCCUUAUGCCAGUAACAGUGUCUUAAUUAUUAUAGCUUUUUUAUUUAUUUUUUUUUUGAGAUGGAGUCUAGCUCUGUCACCAGGCUAGAGUGCAGUGGUGGAAUCUCAGCUCACUGCAACCUCCGCCUCCCGGGUUCAAGCGAUUCCCCUGCCUCAGCCUCCCAAGUAGCUGGGACUAUAGGCAUGCACCCUCAUGCCUGGCUAAUUUUUUUGUAUUUUAGUAGAGAUGGGGUUUCACCAUGUUGGCCAGGAUGGUCUCGAUCUCCUGACCUCAUGAUCUGCCCGCCUCGGCCUCCCAAAGUGCUCGGAUUAUAGGUGUGAGCCACUGCGCCCAGCCAUUAUUAUAGCUUUAUAAUAAGCCUCGAAUUCAGCAACUGUUAAUCCUUCGAAUUUUGUUUUUUUCCACUGCUUUGGCUACUCAGAGUCUCUUGCAACUCUAGAUGAAUUUUUAGAAUCAGUUUGUCCAAUUUACACUCCUACCCACAAUGUUUAAGCAUUCCUAUUUCUCCACAGCCUCACCAGCAUCUGUUGUUUCCUGACUUUUUAAUGAUCACCAUUCUAACUGGCAUGAGAUGGUAUUUCAUUGUGGUUUUGAUUUGCAUUUCUCUAAUGACCAGUGAGGAAGAGCUUUUUUUCAUGUUUGUUGGCAACAUAAAUGUCUUCUUUGGAGAAGUGUCUGUUCAUAUCUUUUGCCCACUUUUUGAUGGGGUUGUUUUUUUCUUGUAAAUUUGUUUAAGUUAUUUGUAGAUGCUGGACAUUAGCCCUUUGUCAGAUGGAUAGAUUGCAAAAAUUUUUUCCCAUUCUGUAGGCUGCCUGUUCAUUCUGAUGACAGUUUCUUUUGCUGUGCAGGAGCUCUUUAGUUUAAUUAGAUUCUAUUUGUCAAUUUUGGCUUUUGUUGCAAUUGCUUUUGGUGUUUUAGUCAUGAAGUCUUUGCCCAUGCCUAUGUCCUAAAUGAUAUUGCCUAGGUUUUCUUCUAGGGUUUUCAUGAUUUAAAUCUUUAAUCCAUCUUGAGUUAAUUUUUGUAUAAGGUGUAAGGAAUGGGUCCAGUUUGUGUUUUCUGCAUAUGACUUGCCAGUUUUCCCAGCACCAUUUCUUUUUUUUUUUUUUUUUUUUUAGAAUGAGUCUCACUCUGUCACCCAGGCUGGAGUGCAGUGGCACGAUCUCGGCUCACUGCAAGCUCCACCUCCUGGGUUCAUGCCAUUGUCCUGCCUCAGCCUCCCGAGUAGCUGGGACUAUAGGCACCUGCCACCACACCUGGCUAAUUUUUUUUUGUAUUUUUACCAAAAAAAAGUAGAGACGGGGUUUCACUGUGUUAGCCAAGAUGGUCUCGAUCUCCUGAUCUCAUGAUCUGCCCGCCUUGGCCUCCCAAAGUGCUGGGAUUACAGGCGUGAGCCGCCACACCCAGCCUCCCAGCACCAUUUCUUAUAUAGGGACAGUGUGGCGAUUCCUCAAGGAUCUAGAACCAGAAAUACCAUUUGACCCAGCAAUCCCAUUACUGAGUAUAUACCCAAAGGAUUAUAAAUCAUUCUACUGUAAAGACACAUGCACACGUAUGUUUAUUGCAGUACUAUUUACAAUAGCAAAGAAUUGGAACCAACCCAAAUGCCAUCAAUGAUAGACUGGAUA